CACCUGCCCCAUCUCAUCGUCAGCAUCCAUUCCGUUGGCAGUCGGAUUAUGGUAUGCGAUAUUCAGGAAAGUGUUCAUUGGAUCAGAUAUCAUGUUCGCAGUGAAAAUCAGCUUGUGGUCUUUGCUGAUGACUCAUGUCCUCGUUGGGUUACAGCCCUUGCAGUUCUUGAUCCAGCUACCCUUGCGCUUGCAGAUAAAUUUGGUAACAUUACCAUACUUCGUUUGCCCCCAAAUGUCUCUGAUGAUGUUGAGGAAGAUCCUAGCGGGAAUAGAGCACUUUGGGAUCGGGGUUUUCUUGGGGGCGCGAGUCAAAAGGCUGAGACUAUAAGCCAUUUUUUCAUUGGUGAAAUGAUAACUUCGCUUGUAAAAGCCACUUUGAUACCUGGUGGUUCGGAGGGACUUGUCUACACUACUCUUUCUGGUGGACUCGGCAUUCUUGUGCCAUUUGCCUCUCGUGAGUCAUACGACUUUUUCCAACACUUGGAGCUUCACAUGCGAACUGAGAACAUACCUUUAGUUGGCCGCGAUCAUCUUCAUUAUCGAUCUUACUACUAUCCAUGCAAGGUAAUAAGCAUAUUAAUUCGCCUUCGCCUUAAUCAUGUAACUAGAUACAUAGAACGCUUUUAG